CCUUCUCCUCAUCCGCGCGGGGGAGCGGCGCCCGGGGCCUGAAUGGGCUCGAGCGCGGUGCCCGGGGCGAGCGGGGGCACGGGGCCAGGGACUCGCGGGCCGCCGGUGCCCCCUCCCUAGUAUGCGGACAAGGUCUGCCGCCGGCGCGAAGCGGUGUUCUCUGCAGCCGCGAACCGAGGCAGUGGCGGCGGCACCUGCCGGCCAAGCAAUGCCAAGUGAGUAUAACUGUGUGAAACUGAGAAGUGAUUGCUCAAGACCUUCCCUGCAAUGGUACACCCGAGCUCAGAACAAGAUGAGAAGACCUAACUUGUUGUUCAAAAACAUUCUCAAAUGUACACUUCUUGUGUUUGGAGUGUGGAUCCUUUAUAUCCUCAAGUUAAAUUAUACUACUGAAGAAUGUGACAUGAAAAAAUUUCAUUAUGUGGAUCCCGACCGUGUAAAGAGAGCUCAGAAGUACGCACAGCAAAUAUUGCAAAAGGAGUGCCGCCCCAAGUUUGCGAAGAAGUCUAUGGCGCAAUUGUUUGAGCGCAGGUACAGCAUGGACUUGGUGCCCUUUGUGAAGCGGGCCACCAAAACAAACGAAGCCGAAUACAAAUAUGAUCCUCCUUUUGGGUUCCGGAAGUUCUUCAGUAAAGUCCAGACCCUCUUGGAAAUCUUGCCUGAGCACGACUUUCCUGAACACCUGAAAGCCAAGGGUUGUAGGCGUUGUGUGGUUAUCGGAAGUGGUGGAAUACUUAACGGACUAGAACUGGGCCAUGUCCUGAACCAGUUUGAUGUUGUAAUAAGGUUAAACAGUGCACCAGUUCAGGGAUACUCAGAGCAUGUUGGAAAUAAAACUACUAUAAGGAUGACUUAUCCCGAGGGUGCACCCCUGUCUGACCUUGAAUAUUAUUCCAAUGACUUGUUUGUUGCUGUUUUAUUUAAGAGUGUUGACUUCAACUGGCUUCAAGCAAUGAUAAAGAAUGAAACCCUGCCAUUUUGGGUACGACUGUUCUUUUGGAAGCAAGUGGCAGAAAAAAUCCCACUACACCCAAAACACUUCAGGAUAUUGAAUCCAGUUAUCAUCAAAGAAACUGCCUUUGACAUCCUUCAGUAUUCAGAGCCACAGUCAAGAUUCUGGGGCCGAGAUAAGAACAUCCCCACGAUUGGCGUCAUUGCUGUCGUCUUAGCCACACAUUUGUGCGAUGAAGUCAGUUUGGCGGGUUUUGGAUAUGACCUCAGUCAACCCAAAACACCUUUGCACUACUUUGACAAUCAGUGCAUGGCUGCUAUGAACUUUCAGACCAUGCAUAAUGUGACAACAGAGACAAGAUUCCUCCUCAAACUGGUCAAGGAAGGUGUGGUGAAGGACCUCAGUGGGGGCAUCCACUGUGAAUUUUGA